AUGGUGACUACGCGCUCAGCAUCAAAGGCCGUGACGGUCGCUUCCACGCCAAACCCCCAAGUAUGGUAUCACGCGCCGGAUCGCGCCACGCUCCUGUGGUUUGCCAUUUCGCUGCCUCUCGUGAUCUGGGACAGCAUCUACGUGCUGGGCCGACCUCACACCAUGGAGGGGGGAUUUCUUCACUGGCCUCUAUGGGCACCCUACAAGCUCUAUGGAGAGACUGACUACGUCUACGGCUGGAAGGCCUACAACAGCCGCAACGGCUUCACCUCCGCGCAGGGCUCUCUCAACGUCAUUGAGACGGCCAUGUACCUGGCCUACAUUUACCUCUACUUUAACCAGGGCAAGCCUGUCGGCGGCGUCCUGGGCGGCGAGAAGAGAGUUCUGACGGGCCGCGCCGCCGGCCAAGCCGUUCUCAUUGCCUUUAGCGCCGCCGUCAUGACUUUGAGCAAGACGGUGCUUUACUGGGCAUGCGAGUACUUUUCGGGCUUUGACAAUAUUGGUCACAACAGCCUGCCGGAUCUGAUCCUGCUCUGGAUUAUUCCCAACGGCGCUUGGCUCAUUCUCCCGACAUACAUGAUCUACGUCAUGGGCGGCGAGAUUAUCGAUGGCUUAGCGACCGCCUCAAAGGGCGCAAACAUCAAGUCAGAAUAG